UUUUAGGAAGGUAUCGGGAAUGGAUAAAGUUGCACUCGCUAUAAAACAGCGGUAUCAGAAAUUUUUGGACGAUGUUGUGCCGUUCUUGGUUCCCAGAUGGCUCUUCGUUUGUGGAAUAAUAUUCUACUUUAUCUACCGGAUAAUAGCACUGGAGGGUUGGUAUAUAUCCAGUUACGCAUUGGCUAUCUUUCAUCUCAAUCUAUUUAUCGCCUUCCUUUCUCCUAAAAUCGACCCCUCCUUUGAAAUGUCUGAAUCGCUUGAUGAUGAAGAUGGUCCAGCUUUACCAACCAACAACAACGAAGAAUUCAGACCCUUCAUAAGGAGACUUCCUGAAUUCAAAUUCUGGUAA